CCCCGGAGUUCCUAUAACUGGGUGAUGCAACGGGAGAGACCGAAGCGCAACUCAGAGCGGCGGAGCGGAGCGAUCGCGUCCAAGUUCGAUCCGAAGCCGGAACCAGAACUCUCACAGGAUUAUGCUGCAGCAUCUGGGGCCCUCGCUGGCUGACAUCAGCUGCUCAGCCCUGGUCCCCUGCCUGUCCCCCCCAGGAACCCUCACCCUGGAGGACUUCACCAACUUCACCCCCAUCGUGAAAGAGGAGCUCCGUCAGGUCAUCCAUAGCAAGCGACUGUCCAGCGGGCUCAGUGUGGACGCCAGCUCCGACAGCACCAGCUCCGCCUCCACCCAUGACACAGGGGUCAAGAGAGAGCUGACGCUAGAGGAGCACGAGAGGAAGAAGAGGAGGCGGGAGAGGAAUAAGAUCGCUGCUGCCAAAUGUCGCAACAAAAAGAAGGAGAAGACUGAAGGACUGCAGAAGGAGUCAGAGAAGCUGGAAAGCAUCAAUGCCGACCUGAAGGCUCAGAUCGAGGAGCUCAAGCAGCAGAAGCAGCAGCUGGUCUACAUGCUGAACCUGCACCGCCCCACCUGCAUCGUCCGGGCCCAGGAGGGCCAAACCCCCGAGGACGAGAGGAACCUCUUCCUGCAGCACAUCAAGGAGAGCAGCUUCCAGCUCCACAGCCUCACCUCCACUGCAGAGGCCUCGCCGGACGAGGGCCAGCUGACCCUCGACCACGUCUGCUGUCUAUGACUGAGCAGAGGCCGCCCCCUACUGACAUCAGAGACUCGCUGAGUGUUCGCCGGACCUGAAAGACUGAGGACGACACUCGGCUCACACAAAAAUCUGACUCUGCACUGAGGGUUGAGAGGGAGGGGAACGCCUAUCAUGCAAUGUCUUUUUAGUUUUUUUAUGGUGAUGUUAAUGCAUGUGGCACUGAAGUCAAAUUUCAGCACUUUUUUUCUGUUGGCCCAGAGCACCAGUGCUAACCUGUUCUGAGCACCAAAGUGAUCACAAUGAUUGAAUGACUGCUGUACGAUCAGAUGUUCCCAAACAAACCCGAUCUCUGUCCAGCGUGAGAAGAGAGAUCAAACUUGCUGCUAACCUUCACUUAUUGUUUCAAGUUUGUUUGUUGUUUCACUUGAUCUAGUUAUCCGUCACUGACCGAGUCGUGGUUACCAGCAACAGCAACAACCCUUAUGUCUUUUUUGUGAAAAUGUUUCCAUUUUUGUUAUUUUAGAACGGUGUUUUUUGAAGACCCUUUUGUGUGUUUUGCUGCAGGAGAAGCCUCAGAUACCUCCUUUGAUUGUAUUUAUUGACUGAAGACAUCACGCUGGAUGUUGGAAGUGCUCAGUCACCAUCAAAUACACGAUUUUUAACUAA